AAAGUGCAGCAGUGCUUUAUCAUGCAUUUCAGCAGGUCUUCUUGAAAUUAAACUAAAACUAUGACAGCUCUUUCUCCAGAGAACUGUUCUUUUCAGUACCAGUUACACCAAACAGACCAUCCUCUAGAUGUUAAUAGUCUGUUGUAUUUGAUCAUACUUGGGAAAAUAUUGUUGAAUAUCCUCACACUAGGAAUGAGAAGAAAAAACACCUAUCAAAAUUUUAUGGAAUAUUUUUGCAUUUCACUAGCACUCGUCGAUCUUUUACUUUUGGUGAACAUUUCCAUUAUAUCCUAUUUCACAGAUUUUAUUCUUUUAGGCAUUAGGUUUACUAAAUAUCACAUCUGCCUAUUUACUCAAAUUAUUUCCUUUACUUAUGGCUUUUUGCAUUACCCGGUUUUCCUGAUAGCUUGUAUAGAUUAUUGCUUGAAUUUCUUUAAAACCAACAAGCUUUCAUCUAAGUGUCAAAAGUUAUUUUAUUUCUUCAUCGUCAUUUUAAUUUGGAUUUCAGUCCUUGUUUAUGUUUUGGGAGAUCCAGCUAUUUACCAAAGCCUGAAGGCACAGAAUGUUUAUUCUUACCAGUGUCCUUUUUAUGUCAGCAUUCAGAGUUACUGGCUAUCAUUUUCCAUGAUGCUGAUUUUACUUGUGGCUCUUAUAACUUCUUGGUCAGAAGUUAUUACCUUGAUCCAAGCUAUUAGGAUAACAUCCUAUAAGAAUGAAACUAUACUAUAUUUUCCCUUUUCAUCCCACUCUGGUUAUACUGUGAACUCUAAAAAAAUACUCUUGUCCAAGCUUAUUGUCUGUUUUCUUGGUACCUGGUUGCCAUUUGUACUACUUCAGGUUGUCAUCAUUUUAUUUAAAGUACAAAUUCCAGCAUAUAUUGAGAUGAACAUUCCCUGGUUGUACUUUGUCAACAGUUUUCUCAUUGCUGCAAUUUAUUGGUUUAAUUGUCACAAGCUUUACUUAAGAGAGAUCACACUACCUAAGGAUCCGUUCGUCAACUGGAAAUGCUGCUUCAUUCCACUUACAAUUAAUAAUCUUGAGCAAAUUGAAAAGCCUAUAUCAAUAAUAAUUUGUUAAUGUUUCAUGUUAAAACUAAUUAAAACAGCUACAACAAGAAUCAGAAUUGUACUAGUAAGAAUGGCAACUGGGGACAUACCGAAAAAAAAAAA